AUGUCAUGGAUGGUCCAGCAUGGAUGGGAGACGAAGAUCUGAGACACUUUUUGGAGGCUUCAAGAGCAUCCAACUAUACUUGCAGCGAGAUUACUUCACUCCUGCCAAAGAAGUUCCCCAACUACAGGGCUUAUUCAGAACGCACUGUAAAAAGAAUGCUGAAUCACUGGAACAUUAAACGACACAAUGAUGUUGAUGAUCAUACUUUGCUGACGGCGGUACAGAAUGUUGUUAACGAAAGUUCGGGCCAAUUAGGAUACCGGGAUGUGACUGAAAAACUAAGGUCUCAAGGCCUCUUCGUAUCGAGAGAUGAUGUUAUGAAUACACUAAGGUUAGUUGAUCCACAAGGUGUUGUUAUGCGCACUCCAAAGUUCAAGAAUAAGAGGCCUAAGAAGACCUUCUUCAGCAAGGGGCCAAACUACUUACGGAGUCUGGAUGGCCAUGACAAGUUAAGUGGGGAUGCCAACUGCCAAUUCGACCUCAAAAUAUAUGGGGCCCUUGAUACUUACAGUAGGAAAAUCAUCUUCUUGUACAUUGGGCGGUCUAAUAGAGACAGUGAAGUUAUUGGACGUAUUUUGUUUGACCAUCUGCUGGAAUCUAGAGUUUUACCGCAAAUGCUUCGAUUUGACAAAGGAACUGAGACCGUCCAUGCUGCAGCUGUACACAAAACUCUAUUGCAACUGAAAAAUGUUGACAAGGAGAUUACAACGAUACUUGGUCCUUCUACUGCCAACAAAAUAGAACGAUUGUGGAGGCAGGUCCGCGAAAAGGUUUGUGAUGGUUUUCGUCACGUACUUAGAGAGAUUGAUCAAGACGGUCUGUAUGAUUCAAGUUGCGAGUAUGACAGGGAUUUAAUUGCUGGUGUGUUCAUACCUGUUGUCGAACGUUAUCUCGACGAAUUCAGGGAGAACCAUAACAAUAUGAGGGGAAGAAAGCAGCGCAACGUGGAACUUCCAUCAGGAACAAUCCCUGAGCAUGUGUAUUCGUGCCCAGAAGAGUACGGCGGAGAGGAGUGUGGAAUCAUGCUUUCUGACAAGGAUAUAGAGAGUUUCACUGACGCUGAUAUUUUGUCCAACGUUUUUACUGGUAUUAAAAUUAAUUCGGAGUUGGCGUCUGAAUACCUCGUUGCUGCUCUCCCUCGGAUAGCAGAACUUCAGUUAAGUGGGGUUAAAGCGGAAUACACACGAAUAAGGGAAGCGGUCUAUCGAGAUACCAGAUUUUGAUAAUUUCCGUCUCGUUGAGGCCGAGAUUUUAUUAAUAAAGAACGUUUAGUUAUAAAUAUCGUAAAAAAGCUUCUGUUGGUUUUUGUACUAACAUUUACUUGGUUGGUUAAACACAUUUAAACCUCGAUUAAACGCAUGAAAUUGAUUUUUAGAUUUUUAACAUUCAAUUUUUAACAUUAAAUUUUAACAUUAAAUUUUAACAUUGAAUUCUUUUUAGCAGAACUACAAUGUUUUGUUAAAUUAUAACAUUUACCUGGUUGUUUUAACAUUUACUUGGUUGGUUAAACACAUUUAAACCUCGAUUAAACGCAUGAAAUUGAUUUUUAGAUUUUUAACAUUCAAUUUUAAACAUUAAAUUUUAACAUUGAAUUCUUUUUAGCAGAACUACAAUGUUUUGUUAAAUUAUAACAUUUACUUGGUUGUUUUAUAUGUGGGUUUGAUUCUUCUGUUGGUUUUUGUACUGUUUUUUCUUCGAUACAGCCAGCCAUUACCCAUAAAAUCAUGUUAUAAGGAUUUCAAGUUAACUUAAAAGUUUAAAUGUUAAACUCCGUAAAUUAUAAAGUUGGUACAAUUCUUUUCUAAGGAUUAGAAUACGAAGUAAGUUAUUAUGAUAAAAUGUUUGUUUCACUGCUAACAUCAUCCUACUACAAUGUUUUGUUAAAUUAUAACAUAUACUUGGUUGUUUUAUAUAUGGGUCUGAUUAUUAAAUUAUUGACUUUGAUG